AUGAUACCUCUCAUUAUUUCCUCAAGGGUUGUUGCCAAGCCAUCUCAAAUCCUCCGUAGACUACCACAUCUUAUCCAACGACGAAAUCAUGGUGGCGUUGCGUCGUCACCUGCCAAUCGCAACGACAAGGAACUGAGUACCAAAAAAUGGGUAGAAAGCAUUGUCAUCGGCGAAAAACUAUGCCCGUUUGCCGCACCUCUUCUCAAAGAGGAAGGUCUGUUGCGUAUAGUUGUUUCCAGUGCAACCAACACGGACGAAGCUGUGAAGGAUGUACAGAGGGAAGUGCAAGAUCUGGUGGGCACAGACUCUCGAACUGCCUCUUCCAGUAGAACCCAUGAAACAACCUUGUUGGUUUUCGACAAGGACACGUUUGUCAAGGAUUAUUUGGAUUUUGUACGGUUAUCCUGGACAUUGCAAGAGCUAGCCGUAGAAGAAUAUCAGUUGCAAGACAAGCUUCAGUUGGUGCUGUUUCAUCCACAAGCAACACAUCAAACCUAUGCAGUUUUUGAUGGGGAGGAUGAUGAUUUGGAGAGUCCUGGUGACUAUACCAUUAGAUCACCUUAUCCUACGGUUCAUUUGCUGCGAGAAGAGGAUGUUUUGAGAGCUGUCAAGAGUGGGUAUCCAGAUCUCGAGUAUCUGCCUUCUCGGAACAAAGCAAAGCUGCUGGGUCAAGGGAUUGAAGCUUGCCGGCACCGAUUGCAACAAUGUUACCACGUUGUCAACUAA